AAGCACCAUUUUUCUACAAUACGUUCCUAAAAAUGGCUACCAACUUCUUUCUCUUCUUCUUCUGCUGCUGCUUCUUUUCCUUCCUAUGCGCGGAUCCCGUUUCACAAGAGGACGCAGCAGUCGUUUCUUCACUUGGCAGGAAGAGCUUCCCCCAUGGCUUCGUUUUUGGCACCGCCUCUGCAUCCUACCAGUACGAAGGUGCUGCAAAAGAAGGUGGGAGAGGGCCUAGCAUUUGGGACACCUUUACUCAUCAGCAUCCAAACAAAAUCAAAGGAGGAGCGAAUGGUGAUGUAGCUGUAGAUCAAUAUCAUCGUUACAAGGAGGACGUAAGGCUCAUGAGAGACUUGGGAUUGGACGCCUACCGCUUUUCCAUAUCUUGGAGCAGAAUUCUGCCUACUGGCAAAGUAAGUGGAGGAAUCAACAAAGUGGGAGUCGCCUACUACAACAAUCUCAUCAACGAACUUCUGUCCAAAGGUUUGAAGCCAUUCGUCACUCUUUUUCACUGGGAUCUUCCUCAAGCCCUAGAAAGCGAGUACGACGGAUUUCUGAGCAAACAAAUCAUCGAAGAUUUCACAAAUUUUGCGGAUGUGUGUUUCAAGGAAUUUGGAGAUAGAGUGAAACAUUGGAUUACACUCAACGAGCCUUACUCAUACGCUGACGCCGGAUACGCGCUGGGCAUUUUUGCACCUGGCCGGUGCACCAAGGUUUUGGGGAACUGCACUGCCGGAAAUUCAGGGACGGAGCCCUAUGUUGUUGCCCAUAACCUUCUGCUUUCCCAUGCUAGUGCAGUCAAGUUGUACAAGGAGAAAUACCAGGGAGAACAGAAGGGAGAAAUAGGCAUAACAUUGGUGACCCACUGGUUCAUUCCAUACACAGCGUCGGAAUCCAACCACAUGGCAGCACAACGGGCACUUGAUUUCAUGUUCGGAUGGUUCAUGGAUCCGUUGACAAAGGGUAAUUAUCCACCAAGCAUGAGAUCACUUGUGGGGAGCCGCCUCCCAAGAUUCACAAAGGUGGAAACACAGCUUGUAAAAGGGUCCUUCGAUUUUCUUGGACUCAACUACUACACUACCUACUAUGCAUCAAAUUAUCCUGCAGGCUACAAAGUCAUUGCUCCCAGCUAUGCCACAGAUUCCAGGGCUAACACUUCAGGAAAAAGGAAUGGCAAGCUUAUUGGUCGCAUGGCAGCUUCAUCUUGGUUAUAUAUGUACCCUAAGGGAAUAAAGGAUCUGUUGCUGUACAUCAAGGAGAAAUAUAAUAAUCCAAAAAUAUUUAUUACAGAAAAUGGAUAUUCAGAGUCCAUCAAUAGUACACUUUCAUUAGUGGAAGCACUUAAGGAUCCAUGGAGAAUGAAGUACUAUUCUGGGCAUCUUUACUACCUACAUGAGGCUAUACGGGAAGGAGUUGAUGUGAGGGGAUAUUUUGCAUGGUCACUCCUUGACAAUUUUGAGUGGGCAGAUGGCUACUCCAUUAGGUUUGGACUCGUCUUCAUUGACUAUAACAAUGGACUGCAAAGACAUCCCAAGCAUUCUGCCUACUGGUUGCAGAAGUUUCUUCAUUCCUAGUUAUAACGAUGGUGCAAGUCCUUAUAAUUGUUACAGCAGUAAUGUCAUAAUAAGGUUUGUUGUCAAUUGAUUACGAGAUGGACUCAAGUGGUAUCUCAAGGUUUUUUUCCUACUGGUACUGAGACUGAGAGUUCCUGCCUAGCUAUUGGCGACUUGUAUAACUAUAACAAAAGUGUUGAUACUCUCUAUCUAUUAAUGCACAAAUACCAUAAUAAGAUUUGUGGUGAUA